AUGUCAUUUGAAUACUCUCAGAUGCAAAGCAAUUUUAUUUUAGUCACGCUUACAAUCAAUAAACGAUCCCAAGUGAAUGAUUUGCAAUUCAGAGACGGGGAAGAACAAAAUGAAACAAAAAAACACAACGAAGGGCUUCAAGUCUCAAAUUCACAUGCAUUGAUGAUCUCUCAUGUUGUACUCAAUUUAAAAAGCUUUAGCGAGUACAACGAUAAAGUUUCUCGCCUCGUUUGCGGAGGUUUUUGGAAGACGAAACAAGUAGAAGAAAUAACAAUUUAA